AUGACGGUUAACCAAGGAGCUACCAAUUUGCGACGGGUCCUCGCAGAUCCCAAUGGCAUCGUUGUGGCCCCCGGUGUAUACGAUGGCAUGUCAGCCCGGUUAGCACUUGCAGCUGGAUUCGAUGCGCUGUACAUGACCGGCGCAGGCACCGCAGCCUCUGUCCACGGACAGGCAGACCUGGGAAUUUGCACGCUUAACGACAUGCGCAACAACGCCGAGAUGAUCGCGAACCUCUCCCCAUCCAUUCCACUCAUCGCCGACGCCGACACAGGCUACGGCGGCCCAAUCAUGGUCUCCCGCACAACAGAGCAAUACGCGCGGUCCGGCGUCGCAGCCUUCCACAUCGAGGACCAAGUGCAAACCAAGCGCUGUGGCCACUUGUCUGGAAAACAACUAGUUGACACAGCAACCUACACAACUCGGAUCCGGGCAGCGGUGCAAACACGUCAACGUCUGGGCAGCGACAUCGUGGUGAUUGCGCGCACUGAUUCGUUGCAGGGACACGGAUACGAGGAGGCUCUGGCACGACUCCGAGCCGCGCGCGACGCUGGUGCGGACGUUGGAUUCCUCGAGGGAAUCUCCUCGCGUGAGAUGGCAGCGCAGGCCGUGCGAGACCUUGCGCCUUGGCCUUUGUUGCUGAAUAUGGUUGAGCAUGGGUCUACGCCGUCGAUUUCGGCGAAGGAGGCGCGUGAGCUCGGAUUCCGUAUUAUCAUCUAUCCAUUUGCGACAAUUGGACCCGCGCUCGUGGCUAUGCGAGAGGGGCUGGAGAAACUGAAACGGGAUGGAUUGCCGGGUCUGGAUAAGGAGUUGACGCCUCAGAUGCUCUUCAGGGUAUGUGGGCUAGAUGAGAGCGUGAAGCUAGACGCGGAGGCUGGUGGAGCAGCCUUUGACGGUGGCGUGGACUUGAGUGAGACCUGA